GAAUCUAAUCUGGGGCGUUUGGGAGGGGGGUUGUUUGUGGGUUUUUAUGUCCACGCCAUUCUGGGAUUUUGCCUUCGAUCUUUUGGCCCCCACGUUUGGUUGGGGUCGUUUGGAUUGAUCCCAAGGACGUUUUUAGAGCCCGAGACAAAAAGAUGCAGAUGUAGCUAGGUGGGUGGGUUAAAAUAAUAAUAAUAAUAAUAAUAGGGUAGAGGCUUCCUUGGGCCCUUGGGCCUGAAGACCAACUCUUUUGCGGGUCGGCUGGGACCGGCAGCCGCCUCUCAAACCCCCAGAUUACCCCUAAAGAACGUGAACCGAAACCCGAGCGGUUAACCCAGGAGGCGGGCAGCGCCGGCGUCUCCUCCACCCCAGAGCUCGCCUCUCCUUUUUUGCUCGCCUCUUCCAAAGCCAAGAACAGCUCUGUUCUCAUCAUCUUCCAAAGGCUUCCCUUUCUCGUAUUUUUUUUUUUUAAUCACACCCCCCACCUCAAUCCCUGGGAGUGCAGCUCCCCUCCCCCUACCACACACGGUAGUCGUGAUCCUAGACCUGGGUCACCAGGCCGAGGCAGCGAGGAAGUGUGGUUUUCCAAUGUGACUUUGCCGAGGAUGCUUUGGUGUGCGCUCCGCGUAGCCCUCCGCGCGCACCUGGGGAGUGCAGAAAUGGUGGCGAGGGGCCCCUGCUCCGCCGGAGGCCGCAGCCGGGCUGGGGACGGGAAUCCUUCCGCUGCGGAUCUCGGUCCCUCAGCUGUACUCCGUCUGCGGCAGCGGUGGGGCCUGCCCGCGCGCUCUUGCACUCUCAGGCUCGCGCACAUUGAAGGGUUGUGGGUCCGGGCCGGGCCGGGAUCCAGGGGUUCGCAGAGGCACAGCCUCUGCUCUGUCUGUCCAGCGAGAAUCAACAGAGGGUCUCUGCCAACACUGGGCCUGAGCGACGUGUCGCGCCGCAAACUCCGAAGAAGUCGUCGUGUUGAUGCAUUCAAGUGACUAUUGAAAGCAUAUGUUCGAUUUCAGGGCACUUUUUUUUUUUUUUUUAAAUUUGAAACCCAAGUGCUCUAUCAGAAUUACCCCUUAACAGACAGUGGUGGUGUGCGGAGAAGGCCGAACUUCGUCUACCCGGCAGUGGAAGAUUACUUGGGGGAGGGAGGGGAAGCCGCUCCUUGUAAUAUGGCCCUCCAUCAGCAUUUCUCCUGCUCACCUCGCGACUUUUUCUAGCCACCGAAAGUUAUUAGCACCAGAGGAGUUGAGAGGAAACUCCUCCCCCAAAGUAAGGUAGACACCCAGGCUUCUUCCAGAGCUAACUCCCGGGCUUUCUCCUAACGAUAAUUAAUAGUCAAGGCCAACCCUUUUGGCACGUUUCUUCCUCCCUCCCUCGCGGGUGGCAGAGUUGUUUGAUUCCCUGCGGCCAGAAACUUUCACUCGAGUUUGCGGGGGAGAGGCCAGCGCCUGCUGUUUUCUGCGGUGCCCGUACAUCUUCUUUUUCUUUCUUUCCUCCUUCUUGCCUUCCUGGCCCUCUCCGUCGUCUGUCCCAGCCGCACAGUCACCAGUCCGCGUAGUUUUGUUUCCUUUCCAUCAUGCAGAAAAUUAAUCAGCCAGGACGAGAAGCAGAGCUGAGCACGGCGGCCUGUAAUUAAGGGACGUGUGCCCCUCGGAUUAUCUCGUUAGUUUAUCAAGAAAACAUUUAUUAUAAUUAAUUCUCGGACGAGGCAUGAGUUCUCCUGAGGCCACCUCGCCUCGUGAGCGGUCAUACUGAAAGGUUCCACCACUGCAAACCCACCCACCAAGGACCCUGAACCUGUCCACCCCAGGCGAACCGAGAUCUUCCGGCUGGGUCUCCCCCAUUUGGGCCGACUUUGCACCUACAAACAACCUUAGCAUGAUGUCUUAUCUUAAGCAACCACCUUACGCAGUCAAUGGGCUGAGUCUGACCACUUCGGGUAUGGACUUGCUGCACCCCUCCGUGGGCUACCCGGGGCCCUGGGCUUCUUGUCCCGCAGCCACCCCUCGGAAACAGCGGCGGGAGAGGACGACGUUCACCCGAGCUCAGCUAGACGUACUGGAAGCGCUGUUUGCCAAGACCCGGUACCCAGAUAUCUUCAUGCGGGAAGAAGUGGCGCUGAAAAUCAACUUGCCUGAAUCCAGGGUGCAGGUAUGGUUUAAGAAUCGAAGAGCAAAGUGCCGCCAACAGCAGCAGCAACAACAGAAUGGAGGUCAAAAUAAAGUGAGACCUGCCAAAAAGAAGACAUCUCCAGCUCGGGAAGUGAGUUCAGAGAGUGGAACAAGUGGCCAGUUCACUCCCCCCUCUAGCACCUCAGUCCCUACCAUUGCCAGCAGCAGUGCUCCAGUGUCUAUCUGGAGCCCAGCUUCCAUCUCCCCACUGUCAGAUCCCUUGUCCACCUCCUCUUCCUGCAUGCAGAGGUCCUAUCCCAUGACCUAUACUCAGGCUUCAGGUUAUAGUCAAGGAUAUGCUGGCUCAACUUCCUACUUUGGGGGCAUGGACUGUGGAUCUUAUUUGACCCCUAUGCAUCACCAGCUUCCUGGACCAGGGGCCACACUGAGUCCCAUGGGUACCAAUGCAGUUACCAGCCAUCUCAAUCAGUCCCCAGCUUCUCUUUCCACCCAGGGAUAUGGAGCUUCAAGCUUGGGUUUUAACUCAACCACUGAUUGCUUGGAUUAUAAGGACCAAACUGCCUCCUGGAAGCUUAACUUCAAUGCUGACUGCUUGGAUUAUAAAGAUCAGACAUCCUCAUGGAAAUUCCAGGUUUUGUGAAGACCUGUAGAACCUCUUUUUGUGGGUGAUUUUUAAAUAUGCUGGGCUGGACAUUCCAGUUUUAGCCAGGCAUUGGUUAAAAGAGUUAGAUGGGAUGAUGCUCAGACUCCUCUGAUGAAAGUUCCAGGAGGCAUAGAAGGAAAAAUGAAGGGCCUUAAAGGGGCCUACCAACCAGCAACCUGAAAUGGACAAACCAAUCUGCUUAAGAUCCUCUCAUAGUUUUAGAUCAUUGGUUUUCCUGAUUUACAAAGUGAUCUAUCAAAUGCAUUCUAGCCAUGUGCAACCAAACACAACCAAAAAAUAAAAAUCACACAACAAGUUGUGAGGGAAGGGAGGGAAGGUCCUAGCCUUCAUAAGCAGAGGUUGAUCCAAUGUUUUAGCCAAUCCUUGGUUGAAUCUUAGGAAUGAACAGUGUCUCAAGCUCAUUCACGUUUCAUGACCAACUGGUAGUUGGCACUGAAAAACUUUUCAGGGCUGUGUGAAUUGUGCGACUGAUUGUCCUAGAUGCACUACUUUAUUUAAAAAAUAAUGUUCAUAAGGAGUCAAUAUGUAGUUUAAGAGACAAUCAGUGUGUGUCUUAUAUAAAUGGUACAUCUGUGGUUUUUAAUCUGUGCUAGACUUCAAAACUGUGAUCUCCUGUUAUUGUAUGCAACCUUGAACUCCUCCUCUCCAGGAGUUCUUCGUGAUUAAAUAGGUUAUAAUUAUAAGCAAAAUUCAGAGCAACUGAGUACUGAUUUUAAAAGAUUACUUUUGGCUGGAGGUGAGCUGCACUGAAACUUUACGACAAAAUGUCUGGACAAGGAGAGUGAGAGAAGAGAAAUAAAGGACAUUAAUUCAUCUGUAUUUUACUGUUGGUAAGCCUAGCAGUAAAGAGACAUUGGUCAAUUGCUCUGACCCUGAUGAAUUUUUAAACUGAGAUCAUUGUUGUUUAUGCUUGCAGAUGUUAACUGGAAGUUAUAUAUGCAUAAACCUUUUCUUCCUGGAUUUGGCAGAUAUGUAUAAUUAUAUUAAAAUGGUUCUAGCACAA